CAUGGAAAUGGCAGCCAUUCAAGGGGAGAAAUCCAUGUGCCCAAGUGACGUAGGAGGGCCCAAAUCCAGCAGGGAGAAGUUUCUUCAAGCAUGGUAUAAGAAACUGAAACCUCAGACACACCCCACUGUGUCGUCUCAAGUGUCAGGGUCACCAGUUUGUGCUCCAAGCCAGGAGAAUUGGACAAAGGACACAUCCUUGUCACACACCAUUUACUACCUGAUGGUGGUGCCUCCCCCUCAGGCACAAUUGUACGCAAGUAGCUGGACAACGGCACAGUGCCCCCGGCAAAGAGACUUGCACCAUGUGGCCCAAGAGCUGGCAAGCAGCUCCUUGGAUCCGGAAGCCAAUCCCAAAGAGGAAUUCCUGCAUAUCUGCGCUUCAGAUUUGCUGCUUAAGUCUGCAGAGAGGAAGAGGCCACGGCUGCUUCCACCUAACCGCAAGAUGCACGUGGAGGUGCUGAAGAGGCAGGACUCGCCCCCACUGCAAGAGUGCCAAAGUCGUCCUGUCCCCCUGGAGUACAGCCACCUGCUCGAUACCAUAGAGAUGACUAAUCCGGCAGACCUUCCACAGGUGGAAGGGUUCUAUCGAAGUUUCAUUGUCGGGCAGAGACGGCAAGGAUCUUCUAGGAGGGCUGGGCAGCUUCACCCACAGCCAGAGUGUCGGAUACCUCCCAGGGCCACAGAAGCUGCUUCCUGCCAACAGGGUGCCAGAAGAAUCACCAGGAUGAGAUACACACAACACAGGAAGCUGAGCCUGAAGAGAAGUGCUCCCCUGUCUGAGCUCACGGUGGCGACCAAACGGUCUGUGGACUCUUCUCAAAACGGCCACCUUCCGCCAAAGAAAAGGUAUACCCAAGGCUUCUUCUAGGGACACAUGCUGCAAUAAUUGGCAGUGUAUUAGGAGCAGCCAGUACACAGGGUUUU